AUGCCGCAGUCGCCGCAUUCCAGCACGGAUCUUGGACGGCAGUUAGAGCUGGAUGGAGAGAGGAAAUUCAAUCGUCUUGGCUGGAAGCGUCUCACGGUCGUGCUGUUUGUGGAGGCGAUUGCGCUUGGGAGUCUGAGUCUUCCUGCGGCGUUUGCGACCCUCGGUAUGGUGGCAGGGAUUAUAUGUACGGUGGGAAUAGGUUUUAUUGCAACGUACGCCAGCUACGAGGUCGGGGCUGUCAAGCUCAAGUACCCAGAGAUCAACAACUACGGCGAUAUAGGCCGGCUGCUUCUCGGAGAAUGGGGCUUCUGGCUGGUGACGCUGUCCUUCAUGUGUGGCAUGCUGCUGAAUGUCGGAUCACACUGUCUCACUGGCACAAUUGCCCUGGCUGAUAUCACGCAAAGCGACGUCUGUGGUGUUGUAUUCGGCGCUGUCUCUGCUGUGAUUCUAUUCCUCCUAGCCAUCCCUCCAGCGUUUGCCGACCUCGCUAUCCUCGGCUACAUCGAUAUCGUUUCGAUCCUUGUCGCCAUCGGAAUCACAUUCAUAGCCACAGGCAUCCAGCAGUCCAAACAACCAGGGGGCAUCAAGAGUUCAGACUGGUCCGCCUGGCCCGCAGAGGACAUCGACUUCUCCUCCGCCAUGGUCGCCAUCAACAACAUCGUCUUCGCAUACUCCUUCGCAAUCGCGCUCCCCUCCUUCAUGAGCGAGAUGCACACCCCAAGGCACUACGUCAAGUCCGUCUGCACCCUCGGCGCCUUCCAAGCCUUUCUCUACACAGUCAUCGGGGCCGUCAUCUACGCAUUCGUCGGACAAGCCGUGCAAGCCCCCGCCCUGCUUUCCGCUGGCCCUGUCGUCUCCAGAGUCGCCUUUGGCAUUGCCCUCCCGGUGAUUUUCAUCUCGGGCUCGAUCAACAUCAGUAUCGGGGCGAGGUAUAUCCACGGGAAUAUAUACCGCGAUUCGCUCACGCGCUACGUCAAUUCUAAACGCGGCUGGGUUACUUGGGUUAUGCUGGUUGCUGUGUGUACCGCCAUCUCGUGGAUAGUGUCCGAGGCGAUCCCUGUCUUCACCACGAUAUUGUCCAUCAGUGGUGCUUUGCUCAACUCGGGUCUGUGUUACUAUAUCCCUGCGCUGAUUUGGUUCGUCCUCGUGAAGGAGGGGAGUUGGUAUAGUCGCAGGAACUGGCUCAGGGCGUGCUGUAAUGCGCUGGUCUUUUUGUUUGGGAUUGGCGUUUUGGGGUGUGGCACGUAUGCGACUAUUGUUGUUUUGAUACGACAGACUAGGGAUGGUGUGACUGGCCGUCCUUUUGCAUGUUCGAAGUCGUAG